AUGUGGAUGCUUAGUAAAGAUACGACCUCCAAUAAGGAUGAAACCCCAGAUCGAGCCUCGGCCACAGUGAGCGACGCCGUUCGAGCCGAAAUAUUGCGUCAGUUUGGAGGAACGUACGUGGACUUGGACGCCAUAACCCUCCGUCCGUUCCCCGAUUCCACCAACUGGCUGACGAGGGUCGACCACCGCCUCGUCACGGCCGCUGUAUCGUCCUUCCAAAGACUGCAUCCCCUUCUUCAGGCCGCCGCGUCCGCCAUACCGACUUCCUACAACCCCUCGGCGUGUUGUAGCAUCGGCCCCGACCUUUUCACCGACCUCCUGCACCGACAAUGCCCCGACAACGUCACCAUCCCGACCUCAGUCCCUUCCUACGCGGCGGAGUACUGCGGGGACGUCACGGUCCAGCCGAGGAACCUCUUCUACCCCGUCCACUAUGGUUACGAGAGGGACCAACUCGAGAGCAUCUUCCGAGAGGGCGAAGGUCUGGGUGCCGCUUUCUUCUCGAGGGAGGAGACGAGGGGCGCCUUCUCCCUCCACCUCUUCAACUCCUUGUCGCGCAAGAGGCUCGUGUCCCUCCGCGGCGAUUCAGUUCUGAAGGAGGCGGCGAGGAGGAACUGUCCUAGGGUCUAUCGGUAUUUGCUGAGUCAGGAUGGAUGGAUAUAGUUGCGCGGGUGAGUGUGGGGUGACUUUGUAUAAGAGAGAGAGAGGAGGAGA